AGGCAUUGAUACUUCGUGUGCUAAAAAGUAUUCUGACUGGAAGUACGAUAUUAAAGAGCACUUAACGAUUAAUGGGCCACAAAAUCGUUAUGGUGGUUGCAUGGAUACGCAGUGGCAAAAAGCAAUUGAUUUUUUCCGUCGCCCAGAAAUUACGAAACGUUCUGUGGUCAACAAGGAAAAUAGAAAGAAAUUGAAAGAGCUUAGCUAUGGAGGUUCUCAGUCAAUCCCAGCCUUACGCUAUAAAAAGCGCAAUUUAGAGACUGGGCAACUUGAGUCCAUCCCGGAUAGCUGGAUGGAUACUCACCAUAAAUCAGGCACAGGGUGGGUGACAGAGACAGCAAAAAAUACUUGGGAGGAAUUGCGUGCAUACCGCGACACACAGCAGACACAGGCAACUGAUACUGAGAGUUCCACACCAGUUUCGAGUGCGCCUGAAGAUGAAGACAUAUCUUUGGUACAAAAUGUCUUCGGAAAACGACGGGGCCACCAGAAAGGAUAUGGACGUAUCCUUAACAUAAGGGACCGAACUCCAUUUGAUUUUCGUCCUUCACAAACUAGAGAUGAAGAGUUGUCUGAGAUGAGAGAGCGUCUUCGACAGUUAGAGGAGCAUGUCCGGACUCAUUGUAUCACCCCGGGAUCUCAAUCUGCCCCACCACCACCACCCGAUGAUCCUGAUGUUGGAGCACCGACUCAGUAGGACUUAUGUAUGAAUUUUAUUACAAUUGACUAUUACAUUAUCAUGUUUAAGACAAGUCUUUAUUUUAAUUCAACGAAUACACUCUUAUGUUUUUUUUUAUAUCUUUAAUAUAAGUGUUUUAAUUUUA